AUGGGACGCUCACACGCAAAGAACAACACCACCCAGUCCACCCUCACCUACUAUGAGCGCUCGCUCCUGCGCAAGGAAGGCGCCGCCAGGCGGAUAGGCAACGACAGCAUGAAGCCCCUCGACCACUGCAACCUGUGUCUCACGCAGAUCACCGAGGACAAUGCCGUCGCGUGCCCCUCUGCCCACGUCUUCUGCCGCGAAUGCGCCAUUGCCGACCUGCUCUCGCAGCGCGCCGGGAUCGAGGCGCAAAAAGCCGAGCUGGCAGCUUGGGAGCGGGACGACGAGCGCAAGCGCGCCGAGGCGCGCGAGGCCGCGCGCGCGCGCGUCGUGGAGGAUUUCGAAAAGGGAAUGGGACUCGCGGCUGCCCGGCGGCGCGCGCUGGGGGCCGCAGGUGCCGCAGGUGCUGUCAAGAACGGCGAGUCGUCGGCGCCAGAAUUGACAGCGACGACGCCGGGCCCGUCGGCCGGCAAGCUCGAGGACGACAUUGACCGGAUCGCGCGCGAGGCCGAGGACGCGGCGGCGGCGCGGAUCCUGGCCGAGGACAGCGAGGCGCGCAAGGCCAAGAUUGCCGCGUUCUGGCUGCCCGCCAACGCGCCCGAGGCGCCGCUCGGCCCCCUGGCCAGCGUCAAGCUCCAGACACUGUGCCAUGUCGGCGGCCUCGCGCACCCGACAUCGCGCAAGGGCCUGCUCCCCGUCAUCUUCUCGUACCCCGACGCCAAGCGCAGCAAGCCCAGCUGCCCGAGCUGCACCAAGGAGCUGAGUAACGCCACGGGCGCGGUGCUGUUGAGUUCGAGAAAGGUGACGGACACGGACACGGGCGACGCCGCCGCCGCAGCUACCGAGCCGUCGGCGAAGAAGAGCAAGAAGAACAAGAAGAGCAAAAAGGAUGACGGCGAGGCCGUGUGUGGACACGUCGUGUGCAAGACGUGUGCCGACACCAUGGUCAAGCCCGCCAAGCGCUGCUGCGUCUGCGAGGAGCCGGUGGAGGAGAGCGGCAUGCUGGCCCUCGGCAGGGAGGGUACCGGUUUUGCGGCAGCAGGCGGCGCAAGCGUCAAGAAGAAUACGGUCGUGUUCCGGGUUUAG